CUGUACCGCAGCAGAAGACAAGCAGAAGUGAAAGCUGACAGGCUGGGCUGACAGCUGGACCUUUUGAACAGACACCUGUUAGGGAAGAUCGUCCACCAAAAUGUCUUCCAUUGAAGAUCUUAAGGCGAAAAUAAAAGAACUGGAGGAAUUACUUGCGGCGGAAAGGUCAAAAAAUUCUGAAAAUGCCCCAGUGCGAGCGAAAAUUGCUCAAAUGUCUUCGGAAGUUGUCGACUCGAACCCAUACAGUCGACUUAUGGCUUUGAAGAGGAUGGGGAUUGUUGAUAAUUAUGAAAAGAUAAGAGAGCUGUCAGUGGCUGUUGUUGGAGUCGGCGGCGUAGGCAGUGUUACUGCAGAAAUGUUGACCCGGUGUGGAAUUGGGAAGCUGGUAUUGUUUGAUUAUGACAAGGUUGAACUUGCGAAUAUGAAUCGACUUUUCUUUCAACCUCAUCAAGCUGGUCUCUCGAAGGUAGCUGCAGCAGCAAAUACUCUUAUUGGGAUAAACCCUGAUGUGGAGAUAGAGACUCACAAUUAUAAUAUAACGACCAUAGAGAAUUUUAAUCAUUUUAUGGAUAGAAUAAAACAGGGCAGUCUCACUGGUGGUCCAGUCGACUUGGUCCUCAGUUGUGUUGAUAAUUUUGAAGCUCGAAUGGCCAUCAACACUGCAUGCAAUGAGAUGAAUCAGACAUGGUUUGAAUCUGGUGUAGCUGAAAAUGCUGUCUCAGGGCACAUUCAGCUUAUAGUCCCAGGAGAAACUGCAUGUUUCGCUUGUGCCCCACCUCUUGUAGUUGCUUCAAACAUUGAUGAAAAAACUCUGAAGAGAGAUGGUGUUUGUGCUGCUAGCUUACCGACAACUAUGGGCAUAGUAGCUGGAUUUCUUGUCCAAAAUACCCUAAAGUAUCUUCUUAAAUUUGGACAAACAACCCACUACCUUGGUUAUAGUGCUCUCACAGACUUUUUCCCAACAAUGCAACUUAAACCCAAUCCAUCAUGUGAUGACUCAUUUUGUCGUGAAAGGCAAAAAGAAGUUGCUGCACGUCCCAAGCAGAAUACACCUGAAGCAAUAGAUGUAGUAGAAGAAGCAGUAGUACAUGAAGACAAUGAUUGGGGUAUUUCUCUAGUGGAUGAGACACCUGUUGAGACAUCUACAGAAUCCCAGAAUAAGCCUGCAGGUCUUGCUAAAGGCAUAGACGUUGCAUAUGACCUUCCAUCCCCCAGCAGUGGCGAUUCAGGACCAACCGUACAAGACACUGAUGUAUCACUAGAGCAGCUGAUGGCUCAAAUGAAAAAGAUUUAGUCUGACUGGUUUGAACUCUGCAACAGUAUUUUACAUCUGAAUAAAUUUAAAGAUUUUUAUUAUUGAUGU